AUGGCGUACGAAGACAAAUUUGACGUAUUACCCGAUGCUCUCUUAUCGAUAAUAGUCUCUUCUCUUCCUUUCAAGGAAGCCGUUAGAACUUCAAUUCUGUCAAAGCGUUGGAUGAAGAUUUGGCAAGCAACGAAGAACAUCGAGUUACAUGAGUGUUUCUUCGUCCAACGAGACGACUACUCCGAUCAACAAACAAUAGAUGCACAGAGAAGAGCAUUCAUUGAUUUCGUAACAAACUUCAUCAGAAUCUACCAAGAGUCGUCCGUAAGUAAGUUCUGUCUUUCGGUCUCGAAUCCGAGUAUUGUCGUUGCACUGGUCGAUGAGUGCAUUCGAUUUGCGAUUUCACGCAACGUGAAGACACUAGAAUUGGAUUUCUCAGACGGAGAAAACGAGUUGGAAACAACGUUUAGUCUUCCUCCGAUUGUGUAUGAACAUGAGAAUCUAGAAUCGUUGAAGCUAUUUGGGUGCGGAUUUAAGGGAGUAGAGUUGGAGAAAGUGACGAAUCUGAGGGAAUUUUGUGUAGGAUGGAUGGAAGUGAGGAUUGGGGAAAUUAGGGAAUUGGUGAAGAAAUGUGGGAAAUUAGAGAGUUUUAGUAUGAAGAAUUGUUGGAAUGUGACACAUUUUGAGAUUGGGGGAAAUGAUGAUGAUGAAUUGAGAUUGAAGAGUUUGGAGAUUGAGAAUUGUAGGUUUGUUCAUGAUUGGAUUUCAAUUGAGGCUCCAAAAUUGAGUUAUUUUAGGUAUUUUGGAACUGUUGGAAUAUUUCGUAUGGAAGUGAACAAGGGGUGUUUUGAAGAGGCCGAUCUUGGUUUUGAGAUUGAUGACGAUGAUGAUCAUUCUGAAAUGGCUAAUCUUCUUUAUGUUCUUCUUGAUGGUCUCUAUCCUGCCAGGGUUUUCACUGUUUGUAGUUCUUUGCUUCAGGUAAUUCCAAAGGGAGAUGAGCCAAUUCGCAUGCAAGCACCAUUGAAUGUACAACAUUUAAGAAUGAGGACUAAUAUUCAUCCAAAUGAAUUUUGUGGCAUAAUUUUUCUAUUGAAUAGUUGUCCCCAUUUGAAGAAUCUUACUCUCAUGCUUGGCGAAGGAAAAAUUUUCCAAGACUAUGAACCACCAUUUCCAAUGGACAUAGGCAGCUUUUGGGCCACAAAUAUGAUACUCAUAACCUGCUUAUCAACAUCUCUUGAGACAGUGGAGGUGAAGGGCUUCACAGGGAAGCAACAUGAAAUCCCAUUUUUGGCUUAUCUUAUUCACUAUGGUAAGCUUAUAAAAACCCUAUCUAUUGAUAUUGAUUCUCAUGAUAUUGCAAACACCCAAAUCUAUUUUGAAAAAGCUCAGAUUCUCAAGACCAUCAAGCCAGCCUCUAAGAAAAUUCACAUUCAUAUAAGCUGA